AUGGACAGCCUCCAAGGUUGGCUCAUGGUCCCUCCGGACCGAGGGCAGAUUCUCAAUCGAGCAGUGUGGAAAUCACGAUUUGUUCAUGUCGGCCGACGACCUGCUCUGGUCCGCGAACAUCAGCCAAGCGCAAGCUACUCCCAGAUCAUCACAACCUCGCGCAUCGUGAGCUCCAGCAGCAAACAACCGCCUCCGCCUCCGCCUCGCCCGCAAUCAGAGGAAUAUUACAUCUCCCUCUUCAAGUCAAAGGACGACACAGAGGCUUAUCAGCAAUGGCCCGUCAGCUCGAUCCUCGAAUGUCAAGUCCAGACCGUGGCGCACCGGAAACAAGGCCCAGUUCUGCCUACUCUCCUCGUCACUCUGGUCGACCGCGAACGCAAAAGACGAUCGAGUCGUGCCGGCUUCAUACCGACAGGCAAAGAGCCAAACAACCCGAUGUUGUGGUUCCGUAUACCACCAGACGAGCAGACCCCUUCUUUGCAGGAAUGGGCCAGAUUUAUCAUGGCGCUCAAGACGCCAAUGAGCCCCGAGGACAGUCCAAUCACUCCCACCUCAUCCACACAAGCAUUCUCCCCGAGACCUUUCGACAACGUGGACUAUUUUGCCCGUCCACACAGUGGUGGGAACCGCAUGGCGAACCGCGCAUUGCAAAACUCAGCGUCGACGGCUAGUUACUCCACAGGGACCCGUGAGCGUCCCUUGACAUUCAGCUCGGGUUCACCAAGCUUGAAGUCCAAGAGGAGCGACGUCUCCUCCCCGUCGAGCAACUAUCCCAUCCAGCAAAUGGCCAACUACACCAUUGGUGGCCAACACUAUACCACUGUGCUCCCCACCGACCUGCCUUCGCCGGUGAACACUACAGGUGACGGCCACGGCGACUUCGGCGGCUGGACUAUGGCGCAGGGGCGUGAAUCCGUGAGCUCACCGCAUCAUGGACGGGGAAGCCUCAGUUCACAGAUGCAGCCGCCGUCCAUAGCCGAGUCCAGCUCACCACCUGGACCUCGUGAGACUAUCCUCGACCGGGCUUUUGUCAUGCGGCACCAGAAUAGCAAGGCUGUUGAGGUCCCUGGCGAGGAGAAACUCAGCUCCGUCGCUCGGUUUGACGCAUUGAUGCGUGAGGCUGAAGACAGGAGACAGCAAAGACAUAUGGCCUCUCGGGCGCAGGCCCAACAAGGUCAGCUGCGCAGUACAUUCGAAGCUGACGAUAGCUCUGAAUCAGACUCUGAAGCCCACGAUGACGAUGACACUGACUCGGACGACGUCAACUUCUCUGACCUACAGGCGCCUGGCGCAGCGCCUCUCAUGACACCCUCGACUAAGCGAGCUCUUCAGCACUUAACGGGCCGGCGCGACCCUUCAGACUCUCCCAGCUCACCCCGGCCAGGCAUCGCUAGGAACCCCAUCUCCUUCCAUUCCGAGGCAGCCUUGCCGCUGGCCCAUGCACCACCCGCGCGGCCGCACACGGCGCAUGAUAAGAUGCGUCGUGAUGCCCAGCGGGCGCAGAGCACCCAGUACCUUCCUUCGUCCUUCAGUACAGACCUUGCCAGCCACGCGUCGGAGUCGUCCACCCCUCGCCAGUCGAGUUCCACCACCAAAAGGUUGAGUUUCACCGAAUUCACCAAACGUCUGUCGAGCACCAGUAGCUUAUUGAUGGUCCAGACGAACGCUAGCCGGGGGAGUAUCCACGAGGCCGAUGUCAAUGCAUCAUCACCCAGCCCAAGGACGACGCUGAGACCCUCACUCUCUGGCCACGCACCCUCUCGAGAUCGAAUACGCAGCGACGAUAUACCGCCGGAGAAUCGCUGCAGCUGGCGCAACAACCUUGGUAUCGUCGUGCCCACGGAAGGAGGAUUCUUCUGA